GCCCGUCUGCGCGCGCCCCCCUCCGUCGCCUGACAGCAACCGGGUGUCGGCGUGAACGUCGCUGAGCUGGGAAUGGACAUUAAUAGGGAAUGUAAUGUUCUUCUCCCACCGCCUGCUUUCUUCUGCCAUUUAAUCUCUGCAGCGGAAGCCAGGUGUUGAUGAGUGACAGAGGUGAUGUGAUGGCAGAGCUAGCGGGCAGGACAGAUCUGAGCAGACGGUCUGCUGCACACUGAACCAACUGGAUGCAACACGUUAGAGCCUAGACAGAAUGGAUUUCUCCAAUUGCACUGACGGGGUGUUUGCCACAGGUAGCAGUGGUAAUGACUCACUGGAGACCACAAAACUCCCUCCCAGUAAGAUCCCGCUUACGCUGACUCUGUCUGUAUUGGCUGUCCUGACUACAUUCUUCAACUGCCUGGUGAUCACCGCUAUCGCAGUCACGCAAAAGUUGCAUCACCCAGCCAACUACCUCAUCUGCUCAUUAGCAGUGACCGAUCUGCUGGUGGCUGUGCUGGUCAUGCCCUUCAGUAUUAUGUACAUCCAGAAAGAGACCUGGCUCAUCGGCCAGCCGGUGUGUACCAUCUGGUUAAGUGUGGAUAUCACCUGUUGCACAUGCUCCAUCCUGCACCUCGCUGCCAUCGCCAUCGACCGUUACAGGGCCAUUGUUGAUGCAGUGGAGUACUCUCGCAAACGCACGGGGGCCAGGGCUGGGGUGAUGGUGGUAAUGGUGUGGCUCUUGUCCAUCCUCAUUUCCCUUCCUCCUCUAAUCUGGCGGCACUACAACGGGGAUACAGAGCAGGAAGACCAGUGCAUCAUGAUGCACCAUCACAUGGCCUUCACCUUGUACUCCACCCUCGGAGCGUUCUACAUCCCCCUGAUGCUCAUCCUCAUUCUCUAUUACAAAAUCUACCGGGCUGCUCAGAACCUGUAUAUGCGCAGGGAGGCCAGCCGAGCUAGCCGUCACUCAUGUAUGACCAAUGGCAGCAUGAUCCCGUCAUCCCGAGAUGGCGAAGACGAUGGGGGACCUCGAAGUCCGGAUCCUGUAAGCCCACCAGAAAAGUCUUUAUCUGAACCCUCAACUGAGGAGCCUCCACCACGUGAACGGGUGCGUGCAUCGGUAAAGGCCUUCCAGAGCAAGUCGCGCCGGCAUGAGUCACGUAGUGAGUCACGCAGUGAGUCACGUCGGAGCCAGUUCUACCAAGGGCCACGGAUCUCAGGCUCACGGGAGCGCAAAGCGGCAUCAACGUUGGGGUUGAUAAUAGGGGCCUUUGUCAUCUGUUGGUUGCCAUUUUUUGUGAAGGAGGUGAUCGUCAACACCUGCGGCUCCUGCAGUACUUCGAUGGAGAUGGCUGACUUUCUGACAUGGUUGGGCUAUCUCAACUCGCUAAUCAACCCCCUCAUCUACACCAUCUUUAAUGAAGACUUCAAAAAAGCUUUCCAAAGACUUGUAAGGUGCAGUCAUUACCUCUGAUGGCUACAAUAAUGCAUGAUGAUACCCAUACACCGCCACAUGUAACCAGGAGGGGACAAACUAAAGGCUGGAUGUCAGAGAGUACUGACUGAAUACUGACUCAACGUACCUGAGAGACUAUGGAUUGACACCCAUUUCCAGAUGCUCCAUCAGGCACUCCAAAAGCCUAAAUGGCACCAGCUCAGCAAUGAGCUUUGCAGCAAAGUUCCACGCUUUGCUAUUAAUAGAACAGCCUGAGAUUUCCUUGAUGUUAAUUGGUGUGUUUGAAAGGACACUGACAUGUUGGUUUUUAGAAAAUGGGCCAUCACUGACCUUUUUUAGGUCUGAGCUCUGAGCAUUAGUGAUCAGCCCCAUUAAAGGGCCUUGAAAUAGCUGACCAUUAAGGCUUCUCCAUUUAAUGACCUCCCUUCUAUCUAGUCCAAGCCGCUGGCUAACAUGUGUAAAAUACCACAGCAUACCAAAUUGUGAUUUCCUGUGGCCAUGACAUUAAAGAAGGGGACUUUCAUCUGAUUGACUGUUGCACUGAUUGUUAACAGAAAUUGUUGUUGAAUGUGAUAUGUAUUCAGCAAAACACUCCAACUCCAACAAAUAUGAAUUAUAAAUUUGUAAUGUGUGCUUUUUGUCAGGCAAUGGCAAUGAUACAGGCUUCAUUCAUUUGACAGUACGAAAGCGGGAAGUUAUUGUCUGCCUUUCAUAAAUCUCACACCGCUGAACUUAACAUACCAUGUUUUAAAUGUUUAGGAUAAACAGCUAAGAAUGCCUUCAAUGUGAAUAAAAUGUUUUAUGAUCUAGGACCAAAUCAUACCAUUAAUAACACAUUCCAAAUUAUAAAAGAAAAACAACUUGGGGACCAAUAUAGAAAUUGAGCUUGUUGUUCAAUACAAAAGGGGUUACAGGUUCUAUAAGACACUGCCACUUUAAUGAUUUGUGAUGUUUUGCACAAACUUUUAUGUUCCUUUAAGUUAUUUCUUGGGGUAAUUAUGUAUUUAUUUAUUUAUUUAUUUAUUUAUCUAUCCUGGAGCCAUUAAACACCCCAUCCCAUCUCACUCCCACGCCAUAGCCAGCUUAGGUCAAUGAAUGUGAGAACGCCCGGUGCAGAAAUCCUCAUUACAUGAAUCCCACUCAAGUACUUGGAAUAGACCUACUAUUUCUUUACUGCCUCCAAGAGGGCACACGAUAUGUUGAUGGAAAUAUUGUGGAUGAGUCAUUUGUGAGGGUGUACUGUAUGCCAGAGAGAUAAAUUGUGUCAUACACGCACAUACUGUACAUCUGACAGUAUGACCAGUAUUUGUAUGCUGUUUCUUUCUUUGUCUCUCACUGUCUCAAUAAUCAAUAAUAAACAGCCCACAUAUGAAUGA